UUAGAGGAAGCGGGCGGAGCUCCACGCGCUUCAAGAGGAUUGCGUUCAUUAGGAUUAAAAGUGAAACUUUGAUGUACGACCAUCAUGAACGGAUCUGCUCAUAGUACGCCGACGGUUCUAGAUAUUAACCUCAAAAGAGGUCCCGCUGGUCUGGGGUUUAAUAUAGUGGGUGGAGCCGACCAACAGUAUAUAAUGAAUGACAGUGGAAUCUAUGUGGCCAAAAUCAAAGAAAAUGGAGCAGCUGCGCUGGAUGGACGUCUGCAGGAGGGCGACAGAAUUCUUGCGAUAAAUGGUCAAAAGUUGGAGAAUCUGUCUCACGGUGCAGCAGUGGAACUGUUUCGGUCUGCAGGAGAGGACGUGCAGCUCAGCGUACAGCAGCGAUCUACCCUCCUGCAAAAUGGUCCAGCAAGCUCUCGCAGUGAUGGAGAAUCUUCACCCGCUCUUGGCACAUGGACAUUGCUCACUGUAUUCACGCUGGCAGUAGUAGCAGCAGCAGGGUUCAUUGCUUACAAACGUUUUCACCCGCAUCCUCGGGGCCGGUUUUAACCCAUAUCAUCACAUUUUACAGACUAAAGCUUGUUUUGAACUGAUUCUGCUGAGGGCCCAAACAUUAACUGGGAAAGAAAAUGGAAACCCAAUUAAUGGAAGCAGAAAUACACAUGCAGAUUUUCUUUAACUGUUUAUACCAUUGUUAUAAUGACGUAGCUGGACAUGUUCAUUUCAUUGUGUGAAAAUCCUUGACAUUUAUCCAAAAUCCCUAGCAUGCUGUAUCAAGCCUGAUGACAUUGCAUGAAGGAGUGUGAUCAUUGUUUUGAGGGGACAGGGAUGAAGAUGGUGAUGGGAACAACAGCGGCAGAAGAAAUUGCCAUAAACUGAAUUCAACAGAAGGACCACAGGCAGGACCGCAGGAGGAGCUAUUUCUCUGGGCAGAAAACAGGCCCACAGAGUAGUAACUUUCUUGUCUUGUACCUCUCUGGAGGAAUGGAAUGAGCCUGAGGUGUAGCUACUCGGGUACCUGCUUGUGCAAGAGUAUGUUUGAAAGUGUGCAUGAUAUGGUUUCACUUUUCUUUCUUUUUUCUUACUAGUUAAUUUCUCACUCAUCCAUAUUUAGAUUUGCAGGAUGCAUUUCUGUGGUUGGCGGUAGUGCUUUGGAGGUAGAGAUGUUCGAUUUGUUUAUUUGGCAUUAGUGCUUGGCCCUAUAUGAUGUGCUUUGUGCCCUUAAUGUGCCUCCCUCAGGGAAAAUCUAGAGGUGACACUUUCACUAUCAAAAUGAAUAUGUGAUUUUUUUUUUUUUUUUAUAUGUAUAUGGCUUGUGAUUCUGAAAUGGUCUUGUCUUGAUACUGUAUAUGAUACACCGUUUUAGAGCUUUAAUCUGCACCUCUGAACAAUUUUGUGCCUUGCCUCUCAUUGAGCUGCUGGCUUCAGUGCCACCCCCUUUCUGCAGGUGCUUAUGCAAUGUGAGUUGCUUGAGUUCUGCGCUUUUUUGAACCAUGUGUUCUGUAACUGACAUUUGUUUGUGUUGUUUGCACCAAUCGUAAAACCUUUAUUCAUGAAAUGCUUGUCAUUCACGAUUUACAUCAUGCAUUGAAUAAAUAUUUUGGGAAACACACAUUUGUGUUGAUCUUGAC